CUCAAUCUAUUUUAUCAUCAUCUUCAUCCAAUUCAAAAUUCGUCGCAUCCUGCAUCAAACCCUAACCCUAAUUCUCCAAAUUCAACCUACCAAUUAUUUAUUUUUUUCAAUUUUUCCUUUCAAUUUUCUCUUCUCUAUACAAUUUUUUCUCUAAUUCAAUCAACAAUUUCAUCGAUGAAUCAACGCACACGAUGAUCAGGAAAGUUAUCAUCACCGCCACAAAUCUACUGCAUGUGUUCAGAGAAUGCCAGUACUUCGUCGUCCUGCUCCGGUAAGCCGUGAAAAAUCCGAACUUGUGCCGCUAUCGCGGCGACUAGGAAAAAAGAGCAGAAGGAACCGUUUAUUGAGAUAUUUGAGCCUGAUAACUUGGUAAGAGAAGAGGUAGAAGAAAUUGAAGGGGUGAUGGGUGAUGAAAGUGGUGGUUUGAGUGCUAAUAAAGGUGUUGCUCAAGAGGAUGAGGGCAAUACUACCCCUUUUCCUGAGAGGGUUCAAGUAGGAGGUUCGCCUAUGUUCAAAGUGGAGAGGAAACUUGGCAAAGGUGGAUUUGGACAGGUUUUUGUUGGACGUCGAGUUACCGGUGGUAAUGACCGUCUUAAUGGCCCCGGUGCCACCGAGGUGGCUUUGAAAUUUGAACAUAGAAACAGUAAAGGUUGCAACUAUGGCCCUCCUUACGAGUGGCAAGUGUACAACACCCUUGGUGGAAGUCAUGGAAUACCUAAAGUACAUUAUAAAGGAAGACAAGGAGAAUAUUACGUGAUGGUUAUGGACAUGCUUGGUCCAAGCUUGUGGGAUGUUUGGAAUACCACAGGCCAGGCGAUGUCUGCCGAAAUGGUGGCAUGCAUUGCUGUGGAGUCAUUGUCGAUCUUGGAGAAGAUGCACUCAAGGGGAUAUGUGCAUGGGGAUGUAAAACCAGAGAACUUUUUACUAGGUCAGCCAGGUACAGCACAAGAGAAGAAAUUGUUUCUUGUUGAUCUCGGAUUAGCAACAAAGUGGAGAGACACCUCCACCGGUCAGCAUGUUGAAUAUGACCAGCGCCCUGAUAUGUUCAGAGGAACUGUUCGAUAUGCAAGUGUUCAUGCUCAUUUGGGAAGAACUGCUAGUAGAAGAGAUGAUCUUGAAUCUCUUGCAUAUACUCUCAUUUUUCUUCAUAAAGGCCGGUUACCAUGGCAAGGUUAUCAGGGAGAUAAUAAGUCGUAUCUUGUUUGCAAAAAGAAGAUGGGAACAUCUCCUGAGAUGCUAUGCUGCUUCUGCCCUACUCCUUUCAGACAUUUCCUUGAGUUUGUAGUGAACAUGAAAUUCGAUGAAGAGCCUAACUAUUCCAAGCUAAUAUCCUUGUUUGAUAGUGUGCUUGGACCAAAUCCUGCACUGCGGCCAAUUAAUACUGAAGGUGCUCAAAAGGUCGGGCAAAAGAGAGGUAGAUUGAAUAUUGAGGAAGAAGAUGAUUCGCAGCCUAAAAAGAAGGUUCGUUUGGGGGUUCCUGCUACACAAUGGAUAUCAAUUUACAAUGCAAGAAUGCCAAUGAAGCAAAGGUAUCAUUACAAUGUAGCGGAUGGACGAUUAGCGCAGCAUGUAGAGCGAGGGAUUGCAGACGGCCUUCUUAUUAGUUGUGUCGCUUCUUGUUCCAAUCUCUGGGCACUUAUUAUGGAUGCUGGAACUGGAUUUACAAAUCAAGUUUACAAGUUGUCACCUUUUUUCUUACACAAGGAAUGGAUCAUGGAGCAAUGGGAGAAGAACUAUUACAUUACUUCUAUAGCUGGGGUUACUAAUGGGAGCUCUCUUGUGGUGAUGUCAAAAGGCACACAGUAUACACAACAAUCAUAUAAAGUAAGCGAGUCUUUCCCCUUCAAAUGGAUAAACAAGAAGUGGAGAGAAGGUUUUCACGUGACUUCAAUGGCCACUGCUGGAAGUCGUUGGGGUGUUGUUAUGUCACGGAAUGCUGGAUUCAGUGAUCAGGUUGUUGAACUUGAUUUCCUCUACCCUAGUGAGGGAAUCCAUAGACGAUGGGAUAAUGGUUACAGGAUCACAGCAACUGCAGCUACAUGGGAUCAAUCUGCUCUUAUAUUAAGCAAACCGAGGCGAAGACCUGCUGACGAAACUCAGGAAACUCUUCGGACGUCUCAAUUUCCAAGCACACAUGUUAAGGAAAAAUGGUCAAAAAACCUUUACCUUGCUUGUUUGUGCUAUGGGCGUACAGUAUGCUGAUUCCCUUUCAGUGUUGUCAAAUAGCGGCUUGUUGUAGCGUAGUGGAAUUUGAACAAACCGCUAUUUUCCGUGAUCCGCGAUGGACAGCACUGUUCCCUUUACAAAUGAGGGAGGGUAUUUUGUUUGUACACUAUAUUUUUCUACUACUCAAAUCAUAAUGUAUAAGUUUGUGUGUUAAGGCUAGAUGUGCAAGGAGAGAAUUGUAUGUUGUUUUUUUAUAUAGUAUUGCUCUCCGCACCCCCCUCUUUGGUGGUGGAUGUGGCAGUUAGUAAAUGUAUACAUGUUAUAUUUGCCUCCUAACUAAAUGUAGGUCUAAUUUUAAAAUUGUUUCAGCUACACCUGUAAUGAUAAGAAAUAAAAAAAAGAAUAUUUUGUAUGGAUA